AUGGUUCAGGAGGCCAUUACUCAGAUGGGCUUAGGCCAGCGUUCCAGAAACGACCAAACCGGUGCUGAGAAGGGUUACUUCGAGCAAAUUGAUCUUCAGAAUAAUGUUUCAGCCAGGAUCAAGAAUCCUUUGGCCAACUUGACCAAGAAUCAGGUGCUCCGCAAUGUGGAAGAGUUUGCAGAGGAGUACAACGUGACCGACAUCCUACCCGAGUUGAAAAAAGGAGCCCUGGUUGCGCGUGAUCCUACAGAAUUCGAGACGGUGGCAGAAUUGACCGAGCCGGAGCUCACUGCCCUACGUGACGAAGGGCUUCACAAAUGGCGUCAGCCUAGAUCUCUCUACUUCACCAUCAUCCUGUGCUCUAUUGGUGCAGCGGUGCAAGGAUGGGACCAGACUGGAUCCAAUGGUGCUAACUUGUCCUUCCCCGAUGCGUUUGGCAUUUCAGAAGAUCCCCAAAAGAGCUCUCAGGCCGGUCGGAACCUGUGGCUUGUCGGCGUGAUCAAUGCUGCUCCCUAUAUCGCUAGUGCUUGCCUUGGAUGUUGGCUCUCCGACCCAUGUAAUCGGGUCCUGGGCCGUCGCGGUACAAUCUUCAUCUCAUCGAUAUUUUGCGUCCUCACCCCUAUUGGCUCUGCAGUGACCCAGAACUGGGUACAGUUGUUCGUGGUCCGUCUCCUACUGGGGAUUGGAAUGGGCUUGAAGGCCUCCACAAUUCCAAUCUUUUGUGCUGAGAACACUCCUGCUGUUAUUCGCGGUGGUCUGGUCAUGUCCUGGCAGCUGUGGACCGCUUUUGGCAUUUUCCUUGGCUUCAGUGCCAACCUUGCUGUCAAGGAUGCCGGUAAGAUAUCCUGGCGCCUACAACUUGGAUCGGCCUUUAUUCCGGCUAUCCCUCUCCUAUUCGGUGUCUACUUCUGUCCAGAGUCACCUCGCUGGUACAUUCGACGGGGCGAGAUGGGUAAGGCAUACCGGUCUCUGUGUCGCCUCCGGAACACGCCUUUGCAAGCUGCUCGCGACCUUUACUACAUCCAUGCUCAGAUAAAGAUUGAGAUGGAUUUAAUUGGCAAGAGCAACUAUGUCACCCGCUUCAUUGAGCUCUUCACUGUUCCCCGCGUUCGCCGUGCCACUCUUGCUUCGUUCGUUGUCAUGAUCGCCCAGCAGAUGUGUGGUAUCAACAUCGUUGCUUUUUACUCAUCGACUGUCUUCAAGAACGCCGGUGCAAAUGAUACACAGGCUUUGUUUGCUUCCUGGGGAUUUGGCUUGGUUAACUUUGCAUUCGCCUUCCCUGCUAUCUGGACUAUCGAUACAUAUGGCCGCCGGAAUUUGUUGUUGUUCACUUUCCCACAGAUGGCAUGGACUUUGCUUGGUGCUGCUUUCUGUUUCUGGACUCCCGAGGGUACGGGUCACCUGGCUUCGAUCGCUAUCUUCAUCUUCCUGUUCGCCGCAUUCUACUCGCCUGGUGAAGGGCCCGUGCCGUUCACAUAUUCAGCGGAGGUAUUCCCUCUUUCCCAUCGUGAGGUCGGCAUGUCCUGGGCCGUGGCAACCUGCCUAGGUUGGGCUGCCGUGCUUUCAAUCACGUUUCCCAAAAUGUUGAGUGCAAUGACUGCCACUGGAGCAUUCGGGUUUUACGCUGGUCUGAACGUGACUGCAAUGGUCAUGAUUUUCCUCUGGGUCCCCGAAACCAAGCAGCGCACUCUCGAAGAGCUGGAUUAUAUCUUCGCAGUUCCUACUCGAGUGCACAUGAAGUAUCAAGUCACCAAAGCGCUACCGUACUGGUUCAAACGCUAUGUUUUCCGCCAGAAUAUUGAGCUGGCGCCUCUUUACCAGUUCGACCAUCUAGCGGGUGGUAAUGAGGAUGUGGCCAUGUCGCGGACACAAAGUGUAGUCUCUGACCAUGUGAAGUCGUAG